AGGCCUGAUCGCCAGGUCGGUGGACUCGAUUCUCGCGACGGGGCCAAUUAGAAGAAGAGGCGACUAGCUGCAAGCAGCCAGCAGUCGACAACUAUCAACUAUCAACCGGCAGGUGCAACUACAGGUGUUGUGUGUUUGGCCAACGGCAAACGGCAAACGGCAAACGCGACCAAGUGGCAUCAUUUGCGGUUGCAGUUGCCCGCGUCGGGCGCAACGGGAAAUUGGAAAAUCGGAAACAUGUUCUUGCGGCGUCGCCAGCUACAACCAGAGCCACAGCCCCAGCCCCAGCCGCAGCCGCAGCCGCAGCUGAAGCCACAACUGAAGCCACAGUUGCUUUCCUCUCUUAUCUGGCAGAUGCAUCGACAAGUGCAUUUAGUGUGUCAUGCUGGCUGGGCAACCAGAACGGCAAUUGCACUGGGCGUGUUUCUCUUGGCAGUCGCAACACCUGUCGCUGCUGCAGUCGCCACUUCAGCUGAGGCCGCUACCGCCACCGCCUCCGCCCCCGCCCCCGCCGCCUCUUCCUCCACCACCACCUCUAUGCGAAUCCAGACAUUGCAGGUGAAUUGCACGCGUGAGCUGCUGGAGAUGCAGCUCACACUAAGCCGGGCGUUCCGUGGCCUGCUCUACGCCAAGGACUUCCCGCUGGAGUGUCGGUCGCGCGGUCAGGACGCUACGCACAUCGCCCUGCGGCUGCCCACCUCGGGCUGUGGUGUGCGCGCCGAGCCGCUGCCCGACGGCGGCAUGGAGUACACCGUGCGGAUCAUGCUCCAGACGGAGCAGAAGCUACGCCAGAGCACGGACAUCCUGCGCACCGUGCGCUGCCAGCUGCCGGCGAAGGCGAUGGGCAUGCCGCUGCCGCUGCACGGCCGAGAUCGCAAUGCGCGCAUGCGCGCCCUGGCCGUAGCUGCAUCGGCGGCCGCAGCACAGACGCAUCUCAUGGACACGCCACGCGUGCGCAUCUGGCUGGAGCUGGGCGGUCCCAAUGGCUCGGGCUCUGUGGAAGUGGGCAUGGCCACCACCCUGACCGUGCGCGCGAUUGUGCCGGGCACGAUUGGAGUGCGCGUCGUCGACUGCGCUGCUCUGGAUGGCCUGGGUGAGUCGACGCAGCAGCUGCUCGACGCCCGCGGCUGUCCCAUCGACGAACAGGUAAUGCCGGCAUUGCAUACGAGCUUGAGGCCCGCCGAGGAAGGGUGGUCCAAGCAGCAUGAGGAAGAUCUGGUCGAGCGCACGUUUAUGGCCACAUUCGCCGCCUUCAAGUUUCCCGAUCGCGAGCGACUACACGUGAGCUGCGGCGUACAGCUAUGCAGAGGGAAGUGCCCAAACCUGAAUUGUCGCCUCGCCGAGCAGCAACUGCAGCUGAACGGGGAUCAGCACCUGGCGCGCAUCGAGGUGUUCAACUCGUUGGCCGUGACAGCGCCGCAGAUCGAAGUGGAUCGCCUGCGCUACGACCGUCGCUACAACAUGAGUGUGGAGGACUAUGUGCCGCACGUGCGUCCUCUGGUGGGCGAGGGCACGCUCUGUCUGUCCAUUUCGAAGCUGGCCAUCUCGUUCUGCAUACUGGGCUCCAUCUUUCUGAUCGCCGUGGUUGUGGCCAUCUUCUCGCUGAUCCGCACUCGGCGACGCCAGCAGGGGCGUGGCUCGGCCCUGGGCCUGGGCAUGGGCUUGUCCGGCACUGGCACAGCGACUGGCAGCACGUCGAACAAUAGCAGCAGCCGGCUGCAUCGCGCCGAAAUAUGCACUUCCAUGUUCUCCUCCAGCAGCGAGUCGGCCCAGUCCGCGCCACGCUUUGGCGGCAAGUUUCUAAUGCCUUUGCCGUACUAUCCAACCACUCUGCCCUAUGGCCGCGUCUAUUGAGUGUGUGAAAUGUUAAAAUUCAUUGCAAAGUUUUAUCUCUAUUCAGGCGUAUUUUGGUAGAACAAUUCUAUAGACUGAUGUGGCUUCAAUCUCAAAUAUGCAAUUCGUUUAACGAAUUCUCAACGAAAAUACCAAAAUAAUUUAUAACGGCACACAUAAAUAAAUAUAUGCAUACUUAAAUAUA